AUCAUAUCCUGUCGAGUGCCAGAUAGUUAUAGGGGCCAGCAAGUGCCAGAGGACGACACUUGAUCAACCAGUGUGAUUACCAUCUCCAAGACUUGUGCUCGAUUUGUUCUUGAGGCAGAAAAGCGUCUUUGUGCUUAAUGAGGAGAUAAUUAAUUUAAUUUAUACCUCAAUUGUGUUGAUAUUCAAAGUCUGAAAAAUAUGAGAGCUUAAAGGUGUCGCCAACCAAACCCUCGACUUGAAGCGCAGCUGUAUACAAUAAAUUUUGUCUGUUGAAAAUUUUGAAUAGUCUUAAACAUUAUACUAUAUAAAACAGAUUUUCUUAAUUGAAUUAUAGUAGAAUAGGUUAUUAGCGCAGCAAAUUCAUUAAUGACAGUCCUAGUCGAUGUUUGAUCAUUGACGUUAAGGCUGAACUUGGUGAGAUCAGCUGUGUCGUGUUUUGAUUCUUGUCACAAGUUAUUUAACCAUGGAGGAGGUGAGUAGGGAGACUUAGUUCCAUCAGAUCACUGUCGCACAGUCACCAUGAGUGCCUAAACGUCGCCAGCGCCGCCAGAGUGCUCUAGUACUCGCCACAACGCCAGAAUAAAAUAUAAUGUAAUGUUGCCCCUGGUCCGCCAGUAAAGACGGAGGGGGCAAGCUUCCCCGUGCUCGGGCCGAACAAGACGAGGCUUUUCCUCGCCUCACAGCCCUCCCGGCCUUGUAGUCACUUGUAAGCAGCAUUGUUGCCUCAUUAUUGGUCACUUGCCACGGGGCGUGGUGUUAAAACACGAGACAACUAGUAUAUGGAGGAGUUUUUAACUGUUGAAUGUUUGAGGUUGUUAGUGAGCAUUUUUCCCACUGGAACUGAGAUUGUAACUUCCGCCUGAGGAGACCACCACUACCACUCCCCAGUGUUGUGGUGCAAUACUGGCCCCCUGCUGGUGCUGGCUUGGCACCAGGGCCGCUACCCACACCACACCUGCCAUGUCUUAUUUAGCUUACUACAAGUGUGUGCUUCCGAAGAUGCGUUCACACAACUCGGACGUGUCUUCCCAAGAAGUUCUACCCGACUCGACCCAGGAUCCUGAAGAGGAGUCGCUUCCAGAUUUGAUUCCACCAUUAGCAGAUGAUGAUGAAGCUGCCAGCUCUCCAGCAUCACCAGAACAGGAGAUCGUAGAUGUUGAAUCUUAUCAGCCAUGUGUUGUUGAUCUUACAUGUGAAGAUGAAGAUGAGGUGGAUGUGGUGGAGAUUGUUGCCCAAGAACAACCAGUGAUUCACUGCAAUGACAGUUUGGAUGCCCUACUGGAGCUCAGCCACUGUGAAGUAAUGGCUCUGGAGAGUUGGGGAGGAACGGCUGAGGUACACCAAGACAUCCGGAAAGAAUAUGUGGGGACCGAGCAAAGAAGAAUGACUACUAGACGGCAAAAUGCAAAUGCAAACGCAAACGUUUUGCCUCUUGAAGUAGAGGACCUAACUCUUCCAGAAAGACAAAGUGCCACUGAUAACAACAAUGAAAACAGCAACCAUAAUAAUAAUAAUAAUAAUAAUAAUAAUGCUAUACCAGUGGAAAGACAACCACUUCCAUGGCAUUUUGAAGCUCCCAGUGUAGAUUUUCACAAUCCAAAUCUCCUUUUUGGAAAUCUUCUUGAAGAAGGACCGGUGACAACAGUUGAUGACCAUAACCCUCGCCAUAGACCCAGCCUUUUUAGGCCACGGGUUACCAUAGAGCUUCGCCCUAGUUCAAGGUAUCAGCGUAGCAGAUCCAGAUCACCACAACUUCCAGAUUUUCCUAGAGAUGCUCCUCGAACACCAGAAUUCCUUCAAGAUCUUGACGAGCUACUAGCAGAAGUGGAAAAUAGGAGACCUCUACCUCGUGUGCUUGGCCAGACGGAAAAUCCUCUCACGGCAGCUCAGAUAGUAGCUCAGGAGCACCAUCACAGAGUAGCACAAAUCACUGCCCCAGAGGCUCCUCCCAGUCCACCCCCACCAGAACAGCCCACCAUCUCGUGCCUUGUGUGCUUAGACUCCUUAGCCACCAUACAAAACUCUUCACGUAGUUUGUGCUCAACUGUGUGUGGUCAUGUGUUCUGCUCGUCUUGUAUAGAAGAAGUUGUAAAACAGAGGAAACAGUGUCCAGUUUGCAGGAAAAAGUUAACAAAGAAACAGUAUCAUCCACUUUUCAUUUAAAGACAUAGUAUUUUGAUUGGCAGAAAAAAGGUGGGUGGUUUCGUGUACAGUUAUUUCCUUUAUCACAAGUUAUGCAACUCGUGUGAAAGGAACAGCAAGUGUGCAACUCGGGGAACACACACACACCAAUCAACUUGGUUACCAUUGUCAUGACAGUGCAGCAAAACUUCAUUCUCUAUACAACAUAUUUAGGAGUGUAAAUCAUGUGUUGUAAUGUUUAGAACAUCAAUUGCAGAAUAUUGCAAUGAGUAGCACAAAAGCAUCUAGAAAUUCCUCGCCACAGAUUUUUAUAUUUUCAUUUUUAACAAGUCUCAAAUUCUAUUUAACUUAUUACACAAUUUCUAUAAAUGACUCCAAUGAAAAGCAAAAAUGAAUUUCAUUUGAAGUGUUUUACCAAGAAAUGUGAAAAUAUGGAUUUUUGUGGGAAAAAUACAUUAAAUCCUGCAUUUAGGCAUGUUUUGUGAAUUAGGGUAAUGGUAAUAGCACUUCCAUCAUGUGUACUCUGACAAGUUAUCAUAUUGAUUAAGCCCAAAGAAAUACAUUGUGGUUCCAGUAAACCAACUGACAAUUGGCAGCUGAAUCCCAAAAUUAUUUUAUAGCUUCAUGCAAUCGGUGAAUACUGCAUAGUGUGAGCAGUUGGUUGUUUGCCAGAGUCUGUCAUAACAAAUCAAAACAAAUGUGUGGCUAAUGAUUCUCGGAUUACUGUACUUUGCUCUAUGGAGUGCAAUUAAUGUUCCUAUUUUUAUACACAAGCAUACUUGAUAGCUUGUAAGAUAAUAAAAAGGAAAAAAAUGGAUUGUCACUCCUACCUUAUUGUAUCGUACAUAAGUGGCUCAAUACUCUAUGGUACUCAUGUUUAGAAUGAGUUUUUUUUUUUUUUUUUUUUUUUUUUUCAAAUUGGCAACAAAUAUGCACAGUUGCAUUGACCAGGAUGUUUACUGCGUUUAAUUUUAGCUGUUGGAACAUAAUUUUAUAGGAAAAAUAAAAAAUUAUGAGAAGCCAGUUGUAUUGGUAAUAAUUUUAAUUAAUGCUUUUAAUUCCUUUACACGAGAGCUUUGACCUGCCAUUACUUUAUAAAUUGCAUUUUAAAUAUUGCUAGCGUAAUGCGGUGGCUGACUGCCCACGAACUGGAAAAAAGUUAACAUUCUAACUUGUGUGCUUCUUAAAGUCGUUAAUUUUUCCGAGAGCAAUAUUUUCCAUAUUAAGUUAUGUAAUGCCGCCACACAGGUAGUAUAGUACAGCACAUACUCAUUGGUAUCAGAGUGGAAUUAUUGAAAUUAUAUAAUAUAUGAGACAUAACCAAAAAAUUUUAAAUUUGAAUCUUGUGGGACAAAUGAACUAAAAAUUUAAUUUUGUGAAUUACGUUGAUAUAUUUUGUAAUAAUUAUUGAAACUGUACAAGGAAGUUCACUUGGAGUACAUCAACUUAGAUUUAUUUGUUAGUCUGUCUUGUUGGCCUUCCUUUUCAUACAUCAUUUUGUAUGGUAUACAUUUGACAUUAAUUGCCAGGCUUGAGAGCACAUUUAUAGCCAUACACAGUACUGUAUUAAUAUAUGGCAAUAAAAUAUGUCCACCCAUAAAUAUUCUAAGAACUAUCUUGUGAAACUUCUAUCUUUUGUUAUUUUGUUCAUAUUGAACUGAUGACAAAUUAUUGUUGCCAUUAUAUUGCAUAAAUCGGGGCAUUGUACUUAAUUCAGUGCCGAGAAUUGAUGAGGGGAUCAUCCGUGCACAGCAGGCAAGAAGUACGAGGCGCUGCUUGUGAAAGCAAGGUACACAAGUCUUGUAAACCCUAACAAAGCUGUAUAUAGUAUUGUCUUUGUGUUCAAUGUAAGUGAUGUUGCAAAGCAGCUAAAUAAAGCUCAGGGUAUUAAUUAACUGCAGUUGUGAAAAUUUGUAGUGACCCAAACUAUAAUUUUGAUCUGAAUUCAUUAAAUUUAAAUAAAUAUAUUUAAAUUUGAGUUAUGCAAACCCAUCUUUGAAAAAAGCAAUACCGACAGUUGUUUAAAUUUAAACAUACGACAGUGAAAUCGUUUAAUUGCAACAAAUAUUCACGAAGAUUGCAUUUUAUCUUGAUGUAUACUGUAGUAAUAUGGGUGGGUGGUUGUAGUAUUUGGACUCUCACUCUUACUUAUUCCAUUCCUGAUGAUCAUUGAAAAUCUCUAUCAGUAGCUCCAUCACAAGGCAUUUUUAUUUAUAAAACUUUGUGACGAGUAGCCAGUCAGUGUUGAAUCAAAAGCAAGUUACAGUACAGUACAAGGAAAAAAUUAAUACUCGAUAUAUAUUUUUUCAUUGCAAUAAUGAUUCAUUGUAUGGAGAAUGUUUAAACAAUUGCAUAGGUAUUACUUAGUGUAAUGGUGGUUCUUGACAUUUACCUAGUUGGACUAAAAUUGAUUUGCAAAAUUGUACUGAAUAGCCAUACAAGUCGCCAUAUGAAUUAUAUAUAACUGCCAAUUAUGGAUAACUCUGGCAGGUAAUUUUUGCAUGGAAUAAUUAUUGAAAGUUCAGCAAUAGUUAAACAGUGCCUGUUCAAAUGACAGGCAACAAAUUUCCCUUUGAGAUAGACAGACACGUGCUUUACAAAUGCUUUCCUUCCCCUCUUAAAUGCCCGUUUCAGAUUUGGGUUUGUUCAGAUAAAGUUUGAGUAACUGGUGGGGCAGUUAUUUCUGAAUAAGAAUGUGCAAUAAAUAUGGAACUAGUUUCCCCAGUGGCCAUACACAGCAGUACUGUACUUGAGCAGUGUUCACACACUAAUGGAUGACUCUGCCAUGGCACUAGAGUACAAGGGGCAAGGCAGUCUACUGAGGUUACUGCAUCACCAUUAAUCUCUACAUCAGUCAACCCAACACUAUCAGCAUCCAUCACCACCUUUUCUAUCUAAGUAACAAUGCUCCAUCAACUGUAAUCAAGUUAACAAGUGGAUCAGAACUUCUCGUAUUGGUGAGUACAAACAAAACACUAGUCAAAUUUUUGCAACAAAAUGUAAAUUGUUUUCCCCCCCCCCUAGCUUUUCAGGAUCAUGAACCACUUAUCCAAACGAGACAGGUUAUUCGUUCAGUGUCAGUCCCGUGGGGUUCUGUAAGCACGUGGCUGUCUGUACCCAAAUAUAUCUUGGUAAUAAUUAAUAACUUAAUAUUUAUGUAGAAAUGUGUGCCCUUAAUGCCAUUUGUCCCAACACUGAGCUUAGAGAGACAGACUACCAUAACAGAAAUAUGUACACAUGUUGCACAGAAGCACAUUCAUUGCUGAAGAGUUGUCAAAUAUUUGUAAAAUAACAUCAAUUUAGUUAAAAAUGUAUUUUAUAUCAUUGAAAUGGUAAUGGUGGCGAAUUAUUCCUGCUCUGGAGUGUUGGAUCAAGAUAUGCCUGUUUUGAUUUUCUUAGUACUGUACUGUAUAGUUACUUUAAUAGUGUAUGAUAAGAGUACUGUAUACAGUUUUUGAUGAAAGACUCAAGACUGCUGGUCUUGGGUAUAUUAGAAACCUUGUACAAAAAUUAUUCCAGUGGAAAGCCUUUGAAAAUGUAUUUUUUUUUAUACUCUGAACCUAUUUAGACAAGAUCUUCAAAUUAAUUUAUUUCACGAGGUGACCUCGCUAUUUUAAAUUUGACUAGCUCAAAAAUACUGUAGUACCAUUAAUGCUAAACUUUUAUUGAAAGAUGGAGGAAAGAAAGCCUCUUCAUUAUUAAUUUAUUAUCAUUAGCAUAUUUUGUUUUUUGGACUAGACCUUAACUUAGUGUGAUACGGUAUGUCUUCUUUUUCUUUUCUUUUUUAUACCACUUUUUUCUAAUUUAAAUUUGUUUCUUCCCUAGAUUAUCUCAAGUGUCCAAUACUUAGUGUAUGCAACCUUUAAUUCCUUUCAGUAAAGCAAAGGCAAUCAUGCAGGUACUAUUUAAUUUUUUCACUAAUGAAGACUAUUAUACCCCACCCCAUGGAAAAGGGGAAAUAAUUUAUUCGUUUUGUUGGUGAAAGGAAGUCUGUGUGUGCGUAUAUUUAUAUUUAUUUAAGCUUGUAUUGAAGUCUCCCCUCACGCCCCCUAGGUCAAGCCACUGACCUUCCUCAAGAUGUAACCUUACAAAAGUUGCCUAACUCCAGUGUAUCUGUUUACUGCUAGAUGAACAUAGGGAUUAAAGGAAAUGUGCCCAAUUAUUUAUCCCAUCCACCAUGAUCUCCGAUUGUGAGUCUAGAACGAAGCCAGCUGCACUAAAUGACCCUCGUAUUGCAGUGAUAUUUAUAUGCAGUAAUUGACUCACAAUGUCUGUAUUUCUUUAUUCGACAGUUGUAUUAUCAAAAUGCUAUUCACUGUAGGACCUGCAUGAAAAAAGCCACUAUUUUAACAAAUAAUUUCAGUGCUGUAAUAAUUAUUCAUUUUGUAUUCAUCAGAAUUCAUUACACAACUUUAUGGGACAAAGGUUAACCAAAAUUGCAGUGUUAGUGUUAAAUUGUAUCCCCCUUGAGCAUGAGUUUCAUUUUGAUGGUUCCUGAUGAAACAAAAUUUAUAAGUGUUGUCAAGGCCAGUUAAUUUUAAAUAACUUUUUUUUUUUACUAACAUAAUAAGGAAUAAUUAAACAGGUAUAAUCUUGUUUUCAUUAAAAUUAUGAAGUGCUGAAAAUUUACUGGAAAUCAGUGUACAAAGGGUUUAUAAGUUUGUACAGUAUUUAGUACAUUGUAGUGAGGAUACAAUUAUUUUUUGUAAUGUGUUAUUAUAACAUAAUGUUGUGCAAAAUUUCAAUGGAAGCAUGUAUAGCAUCCACCCACACCCCUCCCCUCCCCCUCCCCCCUUUUCUUCCUUCUGCCUCUUUCCCUGAUUUUAUUCUUUUGAAACGUUGCCAUGUUAAUAAAUAACGAAGAAAGAAAUUACUGUACUUUUGAAAAGAUUUGCCGCACUUGGAUCUUAUUUAAGGUAUUGUAUACGAUUUUGUAAUUCAGGGAUAUAGUUAUCUAAUGAGAUUCUUUCAAGAGAUUUGGAAUAUGAAAACAAAUUUGCUAAGCCUCCUUCAUAACGAAAAUCUACUUUAGAGCUUUUUGUACACCAACUAAUUAACGAGUCAACCUGACGGCUAGCUCUCAUUCAGUUACUCUGAACCUCUAAAUUUUUUGUGAAGGACUCGUGGCGCUUGAAUCGAUGGGCUUGAAUGUCAGAAUUUAUUCUUAUACUUUUCAGAGGCACAAUAAUUAUUUUGUCUUGAAUUUUAUGUACAGUAUUAUAUGGUACCAAAAUGCAUAGUGUACUGUAUAGCACUAAUAAUCAAUUUGGACAAAAUCUUCAGGGAAAAACAUUUUGUUGAAAAGUCAACAGUACCGAAUAUCAAAUAUAAUGCCACAUUCUUUUGAUGAUCCUGAAUUAUUCCUUGUUAGUUGUGGCUGACUACAAUUAUGCUGAUGUGAAUGUUUCAUUAAUUUUUAUUUUACAGAACUCCAGUAUUGCAAUGGCACUGUGUAAUAAGGUCAUGAUAAACAUUUAUUUUUCUUCAAAUUUGUGAAUUGCCAACAAAAUUACUUUGUUCACUAUUUUUCUUAUUUGUCUUAAAUUUAUAUAAUUUUUCAACAAAUUUGUGUAAUUGUCCUUUCCUGAUAACAGUAGUAGUUUGUGCUCAAGUACUGAGAUUCCAUUGCUAUUGUGCAAGAUUAGCUAAGUAGUUAACUUGUAUCUUGUAAUGGAAGUCUAAAUAUAAAAUUUUGAAAGUAGCCUAAUUUUAUCUCCAAUAACUGGCAUACAGCAUAUACUAUUAGAGGAAGGAUAAUUUCAUUUAUCAGCAUUAGUGAUGACUUAAAAUGAUUCUGAUAAGUAAAGGAAUUUUAGUAUAGUACUAUUCUGUAAUUUUUUGUAUACAUUAACCCUUUAAAACCAAAUUUCAGAGCAUGAUCAAAGGCAUAUGUUAAACCAAUCCUCGAAUAUUGCAUCUCGAGCACAAAACCUACACUUUGUAAAAAGGCUAAGAAGACAAUUAAGAUGGUCCAAAGAUUUGCAGAGAGACUGGUACCAGAGGUAAGUGAAAUGAUGUAUUAGGAAAGGCCAAGUGAACAAACUACAGAGAGGACAAGAGGCACUGUGAUACCGUAAAAAGUAUAAUGGACAAAGUGGAUAAACCCGUUUGCUGGUGAGGUACAGCAGAAUGAGGAAACACAGGCAGUUCAAAACCAAACCACCACAUAAAUUUAAGGAUAUUCCAGUAUGCGGCAAGUGGUAAAAAGCUAACAAGUUGAAAGAAUCCACCAGUCAGUUUAAAGAGUAAAUGUUAUUGUUUAGUUUGGAGAAGUAAUUACAUUAGGUACAAUAGCUCCAUAAAUACUACCUUACAUCUAGGUCUUUUGAUAUGGAAGUGUAUAAUAUGGAUGUGGGCCUCCUCACUUAAGCGAGGAGGCCAAAAAAAGAAAAGGUACACAAUAAAACUUCAUCUAAUGAAAGAAUACCAAUCUUGUCUCCCUUCCAAAUGAAUAAUUACAUUGGAGGGAGACUUGAAUGUACAAUACUUUUUAUUUGUAACUAACAAUUCAAUAUACUGUGAAGAACUAUGGGUAUCAAUAAUUUAUUUCAUGAAGGUAUCUUGUAGUUUCCUAAUGAGGCUGCAGCAAAUGUUCUACAGUGGUACACACUGGAAGCAUAUAAUCCCAGUCUGUUGCAAAACAAUACCCUAGGCUGCAAGAUAGAGCUCUAGCUGUUGGAUCCCACUUUUCUAGCCACUGGCUGUCUAAUGCAAUGACUCCUGACCUAUUUCCCUAUCAUACCCGCUUUUAAAGUUGUGGAUUGAGUUUGCCUCGUCAAAUUUGACAAAUUAAUAUACAUAUACUGCUGCUUUGAGUCAUUACAUAUCCUCACUACCCUUACACUUAGACUUUCUAACAUCUCUCACAUGAGUUUCAAGCUUCCAUCCGUGCCCCUUUGUUCUAUUCGUAUUCUUUGUAAACAAUUUCUUUGUUUUCCAAUCUGUCGAUCCCUCUUAUUCGUUUGUAUCAUGUCCUCCACUCUCCCUCCUCUCUAACGUCAUCAGAUUUAUUUCCUUUAGUCUUUCCUCAUACUUCGCAGCUCUGGGAAGUCUCUCGUUGCAAACUUCUGCAUCCUUUAGAGCCUCCUUGCGUGUUUUUUUUUCUUCAUGGGUGGGGGGCCAACGAUGGGGUUCUAAAACCGGCCUCACAUAGACUGUGUACAGUGAUCUAAAAGCCUCAUUAUUAAAGUUCCUGAAGUUUAUUCUAAAUUUUGCUAGUGUAGAAUAUGCAGCAGAGGUUAUUCUAUUUGAGCUUCUGGAGUUAUGUUUAGUAUGUCCACUCCCAGGUCUUUCUCUAGUUGUUAUAGGAAGGUAGUUUCCCUUGGGUGUGUGUGUGUGUGUGUAUACACAUAUAAAUAUUAAAAUAGGCUUCUUGUUUUCGACAAAUCUAAUUAGUCUGUCGGUCUCCCUCUCCCCUCCUCUCACUCCUUAUUCAUUCAUUCUUUCCGUUCUCCCUCCUUUCCUCCUUCUCACCCUCUCACUCCCUCCCCCGUCCCCCCAAUACACAUUGCUCAACUCUCUGCUUUCACGGAAAUGUAAACUUGUCUUCGAUAAGCCUACCCGUACACUCUCACUAUUAAACUACCAACACAUCUGUUGACCAGACCGCACACUAGAAGGUGAAGGGACGACGACGUUUCGGUCCGUCCUGGACCAUUCUCAAGCUCUAAAGGAUGCAGAAGUUUGCAACGAAACUUCACAAUCGACUUGAGAAUGGUCCAGGACGGACCGAAACGUCGUCAUCCCUUCGCCUUCUAGUGUGUGGUCUGGUCAACAUACUUUAGCCAUGUUAUUGUGACUCAUCGCCUGCAUACCAACACAUCUAUUGCAGUUAUGUUACCACCUGACACUACCACCACCCUACAUACAUAGCACCUGCCUGCGAUCACUGCACUACUGUUAUCCCAGAGAUAUAGGCCCGUCUUGUAACUGCCAACAACCAAAGGCUUAAUUUUGCUUUUUAAUUUAUAAUUAGUUCAGGAUAAAUAAUUUUGCUAGGCGGCGAUGUACUCCAGUUCCGUCCAGUUCAGUAGAGCAGUAGAGGAAGGAAUGGCCUAAGAGAACUUGCUGUUAAUUUUAUUUAUCUGAACGAGUUGGGAAAAAGAGUACACGUCUAAUAUUUUACUACAGUAUUUGUAUACGUUGUGAAUAUUGAAAAAUUAAGAGUGGGAAUCAUAGAGCCAGCACAAUUAAGAGUGAAUAAAUUAUAGGCUAUAUUGAAUGUUAUUAUGUAUUGUACUUAAAAUUUAAUUUCAAAGGCCUAAAUAUGUGUACCUGUCUACUAAUUUUAGGUGACAGCCGCUAUAGUUAUCGCCGUAAAUGACUCGAUCAAUGGUUAUUUUAGUUUGUAUUUUCCCCGAUCAUUUUUAUCAACAGUUUUUAAGUCUUCCGUUAUGGAUAAUUAAUAUGCAAUGGAGAAAAUGCCGAAUAUAUUUAUGCAAUAAGUGUUACAAUAAGACAUUGUUGUAGUAUAAGAACAGUAUGCUCUCGAAUCCUAUUCCACUAUCGGUUUAUUAGGCUAUAUAAGAAAAUUGUCCCUCCCCCCUCAUUCUCUGGCUGCUUUUAUUCCUCCUUUCCCUCAGGCUUCCUGUCCCGUUAAGGCCACGAGGGAGGCAUUCUUAGUUUCAAAAGUACUUUACUGUCACUGUUAGCCAUUAUAAUUAAAACCUGUUAAAUUUUGCCCCCCUUUCAUAUAAAUAUGUAGCUUAAUGCAGCACUGUAAUGUGACAAUGUAACUUUUUCUUUUUUUUUUGUCUUGGUGAUACAAUGUCGACUGUUCAUCCCCCAGGGAACUUUAUAUUUUGCUAGUCUAGGUUUUCUCAGUUUAAAUAACCUUAUUUUUUUACAGGACGAAAUGUGUUUGUAUGGAGCUAAUAUAUAAUAACUUGGUGGGUGUCGUUAAAUGAAGUUGCUAGCACUGUAAUAUAUAUACUGGUAAGCACAACUGCCCAUCACUUUCCCCCGCCACAUCAUUCCAUGGAUCUCUCUAUAAGGGUCAAAGGACCUCCCCACCCACCCCCCCUUUACUAACAAAUUGUAUCUUAUAGGUAACUUAAGCUGUCCAUUUGUAUCGCGAGUUUGGUGGUUUAUAAAUUACGUGCCAUGUACAAUUUUGGCAAGUUCUUGACUGUGGACGGAGGACAAUGCGUGUCUACUCCAUUACUGACUGGGAGCAGUCAAGUUGGAUGACAAACUUUAACAUGUAAUAUGUGGAGUCUGAUCCUGGAAGUGUUCCAGGUGACACAAAUGUACGUAGUGACCUUUCCAGUGUUCAAGUGAAUUUUAUCUCGAACGCAUUUUUUUAUGCAGCUUGAAUUGUAUAAAUCUUUAAGUAAAAGUGGGGUAAAAUUCGAAAUGGACAUUCCCAUCAUUAUGUAUAUGACCAAAAUAAAAUUAUUGUAAAUAUGAA